CCCCGAUGGGAAACACCGGGGGGGGGAAAUUGUGAGCAUGAGGGUGCCAUGUCGACAAGGUCUGGAAAUUGAUGGUGACGUUGACGUGGUCUUCGUCUUCGGUGCAAUAUCUGCAGAAAACUAUCACCUCUCUGAGAUCGAGCGAGACCUGGAAAUAUUGAUAUUGAAACAUCCUUUCAUACUUUGUGGGGUGGUAGUUUUCGGGCCGGGCCGGGCGAUCGUUCACGGGAACCCCGAACGAUAUCGCGGGAAAGAGGAGGAACCUGAAAAGUGCCAGCACCGACUAGGGCGACCUAGGGACGGGUAUUUGUGA